CAGUGAUAGGUGGCACUGAUAGGCAGCACUGACUGGCACUGGGCAUUGAUAGGUGGCACUGACUGGCACUGAUGGGUGACACUGAAAGGCAGCUCAGAUGGGCACUGAUAUGUGGCACUGAUGGACACUGGCAGGAGGCACUGAUGAGCACUGACAUAAGGCACUGAUGAGCACUGACAGGUGGCACUUCUGGGGCUACACUGAUCAUCAGGGCACACUGAUCAUCAGUGCCCUGAUGAUCACUGUCAGCGUGACAGUUCGAGAGGAGAGAAAUGCCGAUAACCGGCCUUUCCCUGUUUACAUGUGAUCAGCUGUGAUUGG